GUCUCGGGGGCCCGGGGUCCCCGGGUCAGGGUGCGCGGCCGGAGACCUGAGAGCGAGGGGCGAGGACACACGCCGAGGACUCGUGCAAGGUGUCCCGGGGCCCUGCUCCGCCUCCCUCCUAGCGCGGGGGGCCUGCUCGGAACCCCAGACUCCGCGGCUGUCCCAGACUUGGCGCUGCGCGGAGGCUGAAGCUCGGGCCCCUGCCUGCUCUGUGGACUCACAGUUUGUGGCAAGACAAGCUCAGAACCCAGAAGUUGUCACCACAGGUAGCUUGGAGCUCAGCUGAGCAACCAGCACCAUCCGGUCACGAUGGUGGACACGGAAAGCCCGCUCUGCCCCCUCUCCCCACUCGAGGCUGCCGAUCUAGAAAGCCCAUUAUCUGAAGAAUUCCUGCAAGAAAUGGGAAACAUCCAAGAGAUUUCGCAAUCCAUCGGUGAGGAUAGUUCUGGAAGCUUCAGUUUUACGGAAUACCAGUACUUAGGAAGCGGUCCCGGCUCAGAUGGCUCGGUCAUCACUGACACACUUUCACCAGCUUCAAGCCCCUCCUCGGUGACUUGCCCUGUGGUCCCUGGCAGUGUGGACGAGUCUCCCAGUGGAGCACUGAACAUCGAAUGUAGAAUCUGCGGGGACAAAGCCUCGGGCUACCAUUAUGGAGUCCACGCCUGUGAAGGCUGCAAGGGCUUCUUUCGGCGAACGAUUCGACUCAAGCUGGUGUAUGACAGGUGUGACCGCACCUGCAAGAUCCAGAAAAAGAACAGGAACAAGUGCCAGUAUUGUCGCUUUCACAAGUGCCUUUCCGUCGGGAUGUCACACAACGCGAUUCGUUUUGGACGAAUGCCAAGAUCUGAAAAAGCAAAACUGAAAGCAGAAAUUCUUACCUGCGAUCAUGACAUAGAAGAUUCUGAAACCGCAGAUCUCAAAUAUCUGGCCAAGAGAAUCUACGAGGCCUACUUGAAGAACUUCAACAUGAACAAGGUCAAAGCCCGGCUCAUCCUGGCAGGAAAGGCCAGUAACAACCCACCUUUUGUCAUUCAUGAUAUGGAGACACUGUGUAUGGCUGAGAAGACCCUGGUGGCCAAGAUGGUGGCCAACGGCAUACAGAACAAGGAGGCGGAGGUCCGCAUCUUCCACUGCUGCCAGUGCACGUCGGUGGAGACCGUCACGGAGCUCACGGAAUUCGCCAAGGCCAUCCCAGGCUUCGCACACUUGGACCUGAACGAUCAAGUGACACUGCUAAAAUAUGGCGUUUAUGAGGCCAUAUUUGCAAUGCUGUCUUCUGUGAUGAACAAAGACGGGAUGCUGGUAGCAUAUGGAAAUGGGUUUAUAACUCGUGAAUUCCUGAAGAGCCUGAGGAAACCGUUCUGUGAUAUCAUGGAGCCCAAGUUUGAUUUUGCCAUGAAGUUCAAUGCACUGGAACUGGAUGACAGCGACAUCUCCCUCUUCGUGGCUGCCAUCAUUUGCUGUGGAGAUCGCCCCGGCCUUCUAAACGUAGGACACAUUGAAAAAAUGCAGGAGGGUAUUGUGCAUGUGCUCAGACUCCACCUGCAGAGCAACCACCCAGACGAUAGCUUUCUCUUCCCGAAACUUCUUCAAAAAAUGGCGGACCUCCGGCAGCUGGUCACGGAGCAUGCACAGCUGGUGCAGAUCAUCAAGAAGACCGAGUCGGACGCCGCGCUGCACCCACUGCUGCAGGAGAUUUACAGGGACAUGUACUGAGGUCCCUCAGAUCAGCCACACCUUUUCCAGGAGUUCCGAAGCUGACAGCACUACAAGGGAGAAGGGAGCGGCACGAUUUUGCACAGAUACCCACCACUUUAACCUUAGAGCUUGGGCAGUCUAAGCUGUAGGUAACUGGCAUAUUAUUCCACGUCUUUGUUUUAACCAGUGCUUCUGAGAGCGCAGAACUCAAAUUCUGGUGGUAGGCGACUAAUGAUCUCAGGACUGGGAAAAUUAAGGAGAAUGAUGCUCAGUGGUCUGAUUUUAACUCACCUGAUGUUAAUCGAUGCACAUUUCUUUAGAUCACGUUCAUAAUUUACCAUUUAGUUAACUGGUAUCCUCAAAAUCCAUGGCCUGUCUUCCCAUUCACCCACCUUUUGACAUUGUGCUCGUUUGUAAUUCUGAAAAUUAAUCAGCACUUUUAACGACGUUUAUAAUCCUAUAAGUCUAGACGUAUCCAAAGGUGAGGUAUGUAAAAAGCAGCAAAAUAUUUAUUUCAAAAACUUCACUUCUGUUUCCUGACUCUAAAGAAAGACAACAUGCUGCUUUUCAAUCAUAGGAUGGAAGAUUUUAAAGAACUGUUGGAUAAGCUAUCAAAAUGCAGCUGUUGCUUUGUUUUUGGUUCACUGUUUUCGUGGUUGUAACUAAUAUGUGGAAAAGCCCAUUUCCAGGUUUGCGUAGAAGAGCCCAGAAAAUGGAGUCUCAAGACCCCCAUCUGGACUGCUGUAAGCUAGCACCUGCGGUAAGCGGGACAAGACAAUCUCCCGAAGCCCACCGGCUUCCCGCUCCACUCAGCUCCGUCCUGUUGACCUGAACCCACCCAGUCCGGCUGUCUGUGGGCAUGGUGGUAUUCUUAGGGACAGACUGAUGCCUUACUUGUAAACGUUCCUCCGGGCCCCAUUUGGCAGCUCCCAUGUCUUUUGUUAUGUUGCUUUUAAAGAUAUGAUGCUUUAUUGUUUAACUCUCGGUGAGAGUAGAUGCUCUCUCGACCGGAGAUGAGGCACACGUGACUUCAUAGCUGGGCUGGGUGGGAGCUGGUCACCCUGUGGAUCUAGAGAGGGGGUAGGGUCUUCUUCAAAUGGAAGUCUUUUUUCCAAUGGCAGAUUUCACAAGAAUUGGUUAUUUUUUACAAUGGUUUAGGUUAUUAAGUCUCCUUUGUAUAUAAGCUAGUUUUUUCAACAUCUAAAAUAUUUGUUUUAGCCUUCGCAAUCAACUUAUCAACCUCAGUCCAGUUGGGAAAGCAGCUUUGAUUAUGGCAGUUUGUCAUGGACCUGGAAACACUUUCUGUCUGUGUCCACCUGGUAGAUAAAUUGUCCCACUGAGAAUUUUCAGAUCUGGACUGAGCCUGCCAGGACUGCCGCCUCCAGGGAGUAGCUGGGCACCUGGAUGUAUUGUUGCUGCCACUUCCCCCCUUUAGAAAAUCUGGCUUUUCUGAGGUCAUUGUUAUUUUAAGAAUGAUUAGGAUGAUAAGGGUCCCGUGACCAGCAGUAUGAAAAUGCAAGAGCGGGAAGUACACAGUGUGAGACUUCCACUGGAAGUGAGUGAAACUUGGGAUUAGGACAUCCU